UUCUUUUGGAAAAAGAACCAAAACCAAAACCUGAAACAUCCAGCACGCCGUGCACCCCUGCAAGCAGGGGGCGGCGGAUCUAGUAGCUUUCGGCACAUCCCGCCACCGUGCCAGGGUCGUUGACUAGAGGCCUUUCAGGGGCGUUUUGGGAGCGCCGCGCCGCCCUAGCGCGCCGGAUGGCGCAUGGAUGCAGUAUCGCAGCCAGCCGUGGGCGCCCGCAGGCCAGACGGCCAUGGCAGCGUUAGCUUUGUGCUCUGCGUCACGGAACAGCACGUGUGUUCCGCAUCUGGACAUCCUUGCCGAAGCGAUUCGUGCAAUGGCGGCCGUGGACAUUACGUUCUUCGCGCCCCUGCUUCGGUCCCUCGCGCGGAGGUGGCCAGGCGGGCUGGCCUCGCGGGGCAGGAUACAUUCGACAAGGAGGCUCUUUGGCUGGAAUUCUGCGGAUGGAAGGCGAGCGCUACGCAGUAUGCGUCGGCAUUGCGGCUGUAUGGCCACGGCUGCACAGUGCAUCGUUUGGACUCGUGGCCACCGGCGCAUGCCAACGUUGACGCCUUCGUAGUCUUGUUCCGGAGUGUGGCUUCUCUGUCGAGAUACGUAUCGCAUUCGCAAUCGACAUUGCAAUGGACGAGGUUUUCUUUGGGUGCUCUGUCGGACACCAAUCGCAUAGUGCGCGGCGCAGAGAAGACUGGCAGAGCGAGUCGUCGUCUGAAGAUCCGCGACACAGCGGAACAGACCUAGACGCUGGCCCGCUGAUGCAGCCAACAUAGGCAGGCCGAAACGGGCGAAUCGUGGUCGCGGCACGGCGUGUUUGUCUCCGGUAUGGUUAGGUGCUGCAUUUGGGAUCUCCGCAAGCGAGGGCAUUCGUCAACAAAACACACGG